AUGCGUCAAUUUGUACCGCAAAAAGAAGAAUCACACUUAUUUGCCGUACAUUACACCACAUAUUCCGUAGUUCCGAAACAGUAUUCGUUAUACCUUAAGAAGCAACUUGAAAAUUACGAUGUAAAAUUUGAAGAUCAACUUUUCUAUGAUUACGAAGUUAUCGUGAAUUGUGCAAUUACAAAUCCAGGAAUACUGGCAGCCGAUGGUGACAGUCGAACUUUCAAGAAGCAUAGAAAAAGUUUUGUUGAGGUCGACACAAAAAAUUUGCAUCACUUCUUAAGCAAAGGCUUUGAUACAUAUGUUAUUCCUCAUACCAACAGUGUAUUUGCUGGUCUCCACGAAACAGUGACAGAUGACGAAGCUUUAAGAACAGAGGAGCAAAAUUCAGAUUUAGUGCUUAAUCGGGCAGUCGAAUAUCAACCAUCUUUAAAGGUACGUAUAAUUUGA